AUGGGAAACGGGGGAUCUGGUCUUUCACCAAAAGAACAAUUUCGUGCUUUCGAAUCAGCUCCAUAUCAAACAAGAAAAGCAGUUAUUACAACAAAUAUUGCAGAAACAUCAGUUACAAUAACGGGAAUUGUUUAUGUUAUUGAUUGUGGAUUUGUUAAAAUUAGAGUUUUUGAUUCAAAAAUAGGAAUGGAGUCUCUUGUAGUUAUUCCCUGUUCAAAAUCUUCAGCUGAACAAAGAGCUGGACGUGCCGGACGUUUAAGACCUGGAAAAUGUUAUCGUCUUUACCCAGAAUCUGAAUUUAAAAAAUUGAGUAAUUCAACAAUUCCAGAAAUACAACGAGGAGAUUUGUCUUCGGUUAUUUUGAGGCUAAAAGCUUUGGGGGUUCAGAAUGUUUUGAGAUUUAAUUACCUUUCUCGCCCAUCUUCUGCUGUAAUGGUUCAGUCCCUUCAAAUGCUUAACGCUUUAAAAGCAAUUGAUAAUGAUGGACUUUUAACAAAUCCUUUAGGGUUUCAAAUGGCUGAAUUACCUUUAUCUCCGAUGCAUGCAAAAGCUUUAAUUUCAUCAGCUGAAUUUGAAUGUUCUAAAGAGAUUGCUACAAUUGUAAAUAUUUUUAUUUAA